CAUGAGAUCUGAUGGUUUUAUAAGGGGCUUUUACCCCUUUGUUACACACUUCUCUCUCCUGGUGCCACGUGAAGAAAAACAUAUUUGCUUCUUCUUUCACCAUUAUUGUAAGUUUCCUGAGACCUCCCCAGCCAUGCAGAACUGUUAUCGGCAUUCAAAAGAGCAUUCUAGUAAAGCUACCUUAAUUUGGCCCUUAUUUUUCUUAAUCAUGUUUCUGACAAUCAUAGUGUGUGGAAUGGUUGUUGCUUUAAGCGCAAUAAACGCUAACUGCCAUCAAAAGUCAUCAGUAUGUCUUCAAGCUGCAUGCCCAGAAAGCUGGAUUGGUUUUCAAAGAAAGUGUUUCUAUUUUUCUGAUGACACCAAGAACUGGACAUCAAGUCAGAGGUUUUGUAACUCACAAGAUGCUGAUCUUGCUCAGGUUGAAAGCUUCCAGGAACUGAAUUUCCUGUUGAGAUAUAAAGGCCCCUCUGAUCACUGGAUUGGGCUGAGCAGAGAACAAGGCCAACCAUGGAAAUGGAUAAAUGGUACUGAAUGGACAAGACAGUUUCCUAUCCUGGGAGCAGGAGAGUGUGCCUAUUUGAAUGACAAAGGUGCCAGUAGUGCCAGGUACUACACAGAGAGGAAGUGGAUUUGUUCCAAACCAGAUACCUAUGUCCAGAUGUUACAGCAAAGCCCCAACUAAUCUUUAGAAGCACAUUGGAACUGAUAACCCAAUUUUCCCAUUUUAGAAUGAGCAAAUACUUUAUUUUUUUAAAUUGUAUUUAUUUUUUGUUGUUGUUGAGAUGGAAUCUCAC